AUGAAUUUCAAUUUGAAGAAGAUCUGGGACGCAUGGGAUAUUCGUGCUGUGAUUCUUUUCAGCCUCACUCUCCAAAUAAUCCUCAUUUUUUUCGCUCCCCUUAGAAAGCGCAUUUCAACUGUCUACCUGACACUGCCCCUCUGGUCCGGCUACUUGCUCGUAGAAUGGGCUGCUAAUUUUGCAGUUGGGCACAUCUCUCACAGCAAAGGGGAUGAUGACCGCUUUGCUGCCGAGAACAAACUUCAAGAUGUUCUUGUAUUCUGGUCCCCCUUUCUGUUAGUACACCUCGGGGGCCCUGACACUAUUAGUGCCUUUGCCCUCGAGGAUAAUGCCCUGUGGCACCGGCAUUUCCUGGGUCUCGUGACCCAGGGCAGCUCUGUGGCCUAUGUUUUUUUCCGAACAAUUUCCAAAAACAAGCUGUUGAUCCCAACGGUGCUGAUAUUUGUGGUUGGAGUUAUCAAGUAUGGUGAGCGUAUUCGAGCUCUGUAUCUUGCAAGUUUAGAUCGAUUUCGAGAGUCCAUUAUGAAAGAUCCGGAUCCCGGACCAAACUAUGCCAAGCUGAUGGAUGAAUACUCUUCGAAGAAAGCAGCUAACCUACCGACGAACAUAGAGAUGAUCCACGAGUUCUAUGGCGAUUUGGAAGAGGAAAAGCCCGUUAAAAAAGGGCUAUCUGAUCUUGAGGUAGUGGAAGAAGCUCAUUACUUCUUUGAGAAAUUUAAAGGACUAAUUGUUGAUCUCAUAUUUGACUUCCGCCAACGGAAUGAAAGUCGAAAUUUCUUCCUCAGCUUAAAAGCGAUUGAUGCUUUUCGAGUUAUUGAGGUUGAACUCAAUUUCAUUUAUGAUGUUCUUUUCACCAAAAUGAUUGUGGCUAACUCUUACUGCGGUUAUGUAUUUCGAUUCAUCUGUUUCUUUCUCGAAGUUGCUGCCGCGAUCCUCUUCUACCGUUGGGAUAAAAAGGGACUUCCAAGGUGGGAGAUAGGAGUCAGUUACACCCUUGUCCUUGGUGCUCUUAUUUUGGAUUUCUCUUCCUUUUUUAUGCUCCUUUUCUCGGACUGGACGACUGUUGCCCUGAAGAAAAAGGGGUAUGUGUUAUGGCGUUUGCGUAUACCAGCUUGUGGAUGGUUGAGCCGCAGGUGGUCUGAAUCCAUUUCACAAUUCAACCUGAUUAACUAUUGUGUGCGUGGGCGCUCCAAGCGUAAGGAAAGCAUAUAUCAAUGGCUUGGGAUUGUUGAUGUAUUGAAUGGAAUCAUGUAUGAGAAGUCUGAGAAAUUCACUGACCAUAUGAGGGACUUCAUCUAUGAGGAAAUAAAGAAUAAAUCUUCACUCGCGGAGGAUCUAGAAACAGCAAAGGAAAUAUGGUUAGCCAAAGGAGAUUGGACACUUCGUGCCAAUCGCUCUAGUCAUCUGCUGCCUUAUAUUACUGAGUCUAAUUUCGACGAGAUCCUUCUGGUAUGGCACAUUGCUACUGAACUCUGUUAUAGUAAAGAUAAUAUUGGUAGUGACAAACCAACGAGUUCCCCUGUCAAUUACCGUGAGAUAUCAAAGAUUCUUUCAGAUUAUAUGCUCUAUCUCCUUGUGAUGCAGCCUUCAAUGAUGUCGGCUGUGGCAGGCAUCGGACAGAUUAGAUACAGAGACACUUGUGCUGAAGCCGAAAAGUUCGAAGGCGAGCAAGUCCAUAAACGUAGAGAGGAAAAACAUGUAAGAGCUUGUAAAGCGAUCCUUGCAGUGAACGCGGUGGUGAAGCCAGUGCAAGUGAAAGGGGAUAGAAGUAAAUCAGCCUUGUUUGAUGGAUGUCGUCUAGCCAAAGAGCUGGAAGAGCUUGAUCAUGGCAUCGAUAAAUGGGAGCUAAUAAGCAAAGUAUGGGUUGAAAUGCUGUCCCAUGCUGCAAUUAACUGCAACCCCAAUGAACAUUGCCAACAGCUUAGCAAAGGAGGACAGCUUAUCACUUUGGUCUGGUUGUUGAUGACUCAUUUUGGUUUGGGAAACAAUUUCCAAAUUAGUGAAGGUCAUGCUAGGGCAAAACUCAUUGUGGGCAAGUAG